AGAUUGCUGCCUGCAACCUCUAAUACAACGGCUGCAAACACUACUACUACUGCUGGUUCUCAGUUUCUGCAGCGUCAUGUUUGCCCAAAGUGGAGGUAGUGGUGGAGGAGAUGGAGGAGAUGGAGCAAAUGGCAGGGGAUGGCGAUGCCCAUUUUGCAAUUCUCUUAAUCCAUUGGGGCGCUUUAGAUGCAUAUAUUGCAAACAGAUCCGCGAUUUCAACCCAAGAGAGCUCAACCUGUUAAAAGCCAUUAAGAAGAAGAAAGCGGAUAAAAAGAAAGCCAGCGCAACACUCUCUCAAGCGCUGUCAGCAGCUUUGUUGGCAGCCUUGGUGGCCAAUGCUCCUGCUGCAGCCCGGACUGCUGCUGCUGCUGCUGCCAAUCCUGCAGCAACUCAAUCUGCCAAUCCUGCAGCAACUCAAUCUGCCAUUCCCGAUGCAGCCCCACUAAUGCAGCCCCCUGUUGCUGCCAUUACCGCUGCUGCCUCACAAUCUGCCAUUGGCACUGCAGUCCCACUAAUGCAGUUCACUACUGCUGCCAAUGAUGCUGAUGCGGAAACUUCAUCCUUGAACUUACCCAGCCCUAUGGAUAUCAGUAUGCAUAAAUUCCAAAUUUUGUUUUUAAAUUUACAUUUUUAUAAUUUCUUUUUUGUUAUUUUCAGCCCCCCCAGUAGCCCCAAGAUGCGAUAGUUGUUCUCGCCCUUGCGCGUUUUGCGAAGGAGGGAAUUAAUUUCAAGCCUUCCCUAUGCCUUAUGAUCCUUGUGAGGAUAACACUGUAAGAAAAAUUGUUUUCUUCCUUCUUUUUUUUUCUUGCUGCACCUCGUGUUUUUUCAUGUAUUCACCCUAUUAAGAUCUUAAUAAGGUCUAUAUAUUGCUUUCAUUAUUUGUCUAUUUGACCCUUAAAACCAACACUGAGUUUGGUGAACUCAAGUUGAUGGAAAGCAAGGAAAUCUUUUCUAUAUCUUGGCAGUGGCAAGACCCAUUUAUUUUUUUUUUUUUAGUGCACCUCGUGUCUUUAUGUAUACUUUUCUUUCGUUUUCUUAUCUUGGCAGUGGCAAGACCCAUUUAUUAUUUUUCCUAUGUUCACCUUGUGUCAUUUUUUAUGUGUACGUUUCUUAAUACAGCUGUGGGUGCUGUUGUUCAUCUCUAUAAUUGUAAUGACAUGAUAAAACAAGCGGGGUCGUUGAACACGCCAAUGUAUUGAGAUGAGUCGAGCGAGGAGAGGACCUCGCAGUAAGACAACUAAAUGGCGACUGAGGGGGGAAACGAAGCUGAGGGGGAGAAGACGGAAGGGCGCAGGGU